GAUUGUUGUGCUCUCUGCUCAGAUUCUCCCAGCGCCUCCGUGACAGAACAAUCUGGCCAAGAAGAUGAAUCCGGAGAGUACAUGAUCCAGCCCUGCCAGUUUGCCGGCGUCGUCUGCUGGCUUAAUCCCUGCUGCGAGACAUCCACACCGCUGCGCCAGGGAGGAAUCACCUGGUGCACUCCUAGGAUCGGCUCCGCCUUCUACGCACUCGGAGGGGCGGCCGAUGAUGUAGAGAGGACGCCCAGCCAGGAGCGAGACCACCGGUCCGAGGAAAAGUUCUCCUCCGACGGGGAACUGACCUGGCACGUCUCGGAUUCGCCCCAGCAGCCGGGGUGGGAGGAGCCCCCUCCGGAUGAGGCUUCAUCCCUACGCCUGGUCGGGGAGUCCCUCCAGCAGGCUGGCGAGCUGAAAAACCACUCGACCCCUUGGUUCCUCGGGGACCCUGAAGGCAUCUCCUCAGUUCCUGCAUUCCUCGACGCCGUCUCCUCUGCUCUGGGACGGAUGUUCACGAUUCUGCCGGAGGUGAGGAAUCUGGAGAUGGCCACCGCUGUUCUGACGGAGCUCCAGAUAGCCACCGACCGUGUGGGGGAGAUUAUUGCAGCGUUCGCCGUCCUUGGGGCGUCUCUGGCCACCACCGUCGAUCCCAUGAUUCUGCGAGCAGCCAACAAGGGGCUGACGGCGUUGCUCAUGGCCACAGUGCUGAUAGAAGGCUCGGUUUUGUUCCAGUCCUCAGACGAAUCCGAGGAGCCCCCGGCCUCCGAUAGUCCAGACGUUGGUCCCAUUUCUGUAACAGAACCAGAUUCUACCCCCGGCCUUUUAGUCACACUAGACCCAGAUUCUGUUGUCGAUGGGGACGCUUGUCCAGCUCCCUCCCCAGCUUUUAGUCGAGCGAGCGUAACUGCCUCUGAUUCCAGCUCAAACGAAGAUCCUCGUCCUGUGCCGGCUACUGAUUCACACUCAAGUCCUGUCUCCGCCUUAGCUUCCACUCCUAUUCCUGUAGAGAUCGAUGUUCCAGCCCCAAUUUUGGUGGAAAUUGCCGCUCCGCCUCCUGAUCCUGAGGGCAUUGGUUCCCCAAAUUCCGCCGCUGUGGGGUUUUUCACCCUGUUUCCAACCCCGGAGCAGAACGACCUGCCGCCCCCGGCUUUUGUUCAAGCUCGGAAGGAUACUCAGCUUUUGGCUCUGUCCCCCAAUGUCUCCCUGGCUGUGACGCAGGAAUCCACGACCCCUGCUGGUCCCUCAGGGGGAACUUCGGCUCCAGUCCCAGGUCUGCCUCCAGAGGGGCCCCCCGUUCGACCACCUAUCCGAUCCCCAGGGGAACCUCGCCCUCGUCGGUCCUCCCUGCAAUGACGCCGCCACCUGAGCCAGCUGCCGUCUGUGUCACAGCUCCUCACGGACCAGCCCCACCCGCUGCCCUUAAUUCAGCUCCCUGUUAGGACAGUGGAGGGGAGACGUCGACCUCCCUGACACCGAUCUCCAGCCCGUCAGUCUGCCAGACGCUCCAGGAGGAUUCCCUGCCACAGUCUGAGAGGCCGUUUGCCCGCCCACUCUCCACGGAGGUCUCUGUACCGUCGGUCACCUACGGAGCCAGUGAACAGAUCUUCGGAGGCGUUCCGCCGCGGACGAGCCUCCAGUGAGACCCCAGCUCUUUCCCCUGAUUGGCCGUCGAGAGAGGGCUGGAGAUCGUCGGUCGCCGCUCCGCCCCCAGGACAGGGCCGGCACUCUCCCUCGCCGUCGGGACGAUCCCCGGACCAGAGACAAGGGAUGGGUCGGCCCAGACCGGUCCAGCCCCCGGUUCCACACCACUCUUCCGCCUGGACCUAGGGUCGCCCACCCGCACACUCCCCUCGGUCGAGCUGGAGACACCUUGCUAAGCCCUAAGACCCCCCGCCGAAGCGUCACCCCCGCUUGGAUCAGACUCCCACCUCCCACGUUUCCCUCUACCAGUCACGAUUGGACCUUCCCUGCCUCCGGAUCCUCCUCGUACUCGUUCUUUUCAGCCCGCCCGGCCUCCAGCCAUUCUGUCCUCGGUCUCCCCCACAACCUGACCUUCUCUGCACGCCACGCCUCACUCUACCCAGUCUCCUCCUCGUCUCCCAGAACGGAUCCCCCGGUCAGACACCUGCCAGUACCUCUGACCCGGCACCAGUAUGCAUUCUAACUAGAUCCCUGGGGCACCGGGAGUCGCCCCUGGGGGGGGGGGUACUGUCAGGGCUCCCUCCUCACCCCGGCUCCUUCCCCACCUGGCAUCCCAAGACCCUUUUUCCCAUCUGUCUUUUCCCUUUCUCUCCCUCUCUCUCUGCAGCGCUGCACUGAGUGGAGCGUAGUCACUCGGCUGCUCCCACUCAGACAAUCAGCUGUUACCCCGGAGUCUGGACAGCUGGAGAUUAUUCCCAUGAUUACUCCUGCGACAAUAAAAGACUGGUUCAUCUCGCCAUUCUUCACCGGAUUGUUACACACGACUACAUCGUUAGUUAACUCUCUAGCCGCAGCUUGUAUUCAUUGUUGUAUACGCUUGUCUAACAGUUUUUCUCUGCUCUCCCCAGUACAGCGGAUCCAGCUGUCCAGACCCCUGUCUGUCCUGCCUGAUUCCUUGUGAACCCCGGAACCCUCCGUCUGAACGCGUCUGGCAGUCUGCCCCACCUCGGCUCCCCCCAUUCCCACCUGCAACUCCUGCCUGUCUCCCGGAUCCCUCUGCGCUCGACCCCCCCCGUGCAUCGCCCCCGUCCAACAGACUUCUGAGAAAUAAACCUUAUUGCACUAUGACAAACUGCUGGGACCUUGGGCUGCGUAGUGGCUUGGUGGUUAGGACUUUCACUUUGCAGCUGGAAGAUCCCCGGUUUACAUCUCCGCCUUCCCAGGAUCUUCCUGCAUGGAGUUUACAUGUUCUACCUGUGGAUGCAUGGGUUUUCUCCAGGUACUCUUCCUCAUACAGUCCAAAAACAUGCUCAGGUCAAUUGGUAACUCUAAAUUGUCUGUUGGCGUGAACACGAGUGUGAUUGUCUUUAUGUGUAGCCCUGUGAUAGAUUGACAAUAUGUCCAAGGUGUCGCCUGCCUUCUCCCUAAGCCAAUUGGGAUAGUCUCCAGCCCCCAUCAUGACCGUAAUGAGGAUUAAGCGCCGUGUAGAUGAUGGAUGGACGGAUGGAUGGAUGGAUGGAUGGAUGUUGGGAACUCUCAUGGCGCUUCCGGUAUUCUUACAACAUGCAUGAACUUGUAUUUGCUCCAUGUUGCAUGUAAUUUGUCUUCAAACUGCUGCCAUUUGUCAUAAGUCCUGCUUUUAAUAUUUGUUGUGAUGUAUGUAAAUGAAAUUUCUGAUUUGAGUAAAAGAUUUGCCAGUGCAUGGGAUAAUGAGUAAUCAAGAGUCUCAGCUCAAAAGGCCAAAACAGGAUGGAAAAGCCCUUAAAGCAGUAUUUAAAUAAUCAGACACUAAACUCUUCUCAGACAACUAAUCAAAUCAAAUCAGACAAUGAAAUUCAUUUCUAUUGGUUGGCAGCAAACAAUCACUACUAUCAUAUUUGGGGGAUUCGUGGAGUGCAGUACCUCCGAUUAAAAACACAUAUUGCAAGGAUUUAUAGGUAAGAGUUUUACCAGACUAACUACACAACCCAACACAAACACAACAUUUAUAUGUGAGUGCUAAUUUUGCAAUUGACAACAUCCAUUGACAUACUCAGGAAAGCAAUGUAUUGUUUACAUUGGUGAACAGCCAGCCCAUAAUAUUCCUACUCAAAUCAUUUGUGAUAUAAUUAACGCUACCUCCAGGUUUUUCUCUUUCUGUGAAGUCAACUAUUAGCAGACUAAUGGAGGCAGUACUGUAGGCUUUGCAGCUUGAAGUCACUGUGUGAAAUGUAAUUCUCACAUCUUUUACUGCCACAAUGAGAAACAGUGAAAGGACCAUAAAAGGUCAACGUACUCUACAAAUUAAUUAUUGACGUCUAAAGAUAUUUUAAGUGGCUCACUCAGAGGUCAGCACCAAUGAUCCCUCCACAGCUUCAUAAUGGGGUACAUAACGUGUAGUGUAUUAGUCAUAUUCUAUGAAUUAAUGACUGCCUUGAAACGCAACACAUUGAUUCAAAUAUCAGAUCUUGAUUGUAAGACAUA